AUCGGCUACUGAAAGAGAAAAUUGAGGCUUUUGUAACUUUUAUUGUUAAAGUACUUGGGUAGUAAUGUUAAGCAGAUAAUUGAAUUAUUAGAGAUGUAAUGUAAUGUAUGAUUUGUGCUUUUCAGGUUUAUAUUGAUACGGUCGGAGAUCCAGGGAAAUAUGAGGCAAAAAUGUCUAAAAAUUUCCCAUCUAUCAAAUUUGUGGUUGCUAAGAAAGCUGAUAGUCUUUAUCCUGUUGUCAGUGGUGCAAGUAUAGCUGCAAAGGUUACGAGGGACCGAGCUGUAAGAGAUUGGGUGCUCGAUGAGACUGCUGAUAAUAUACACAGGAACUUUGGUUCUGGAUAUCCUGCAGAUCCCGCAACCAAGUCUUGGCUAGAAAAUCACAAACAUUCUAUCUUCGGUUUUCCAACAUUGGUUCGGUUUAGUUGGGGAACUUGCAACACUUAUUUUAAAAGUGGUGCUGAAGUUUUAUGGUAAGCAUGCUAAAUGCUUUCUUAAUCUUUACUGAAAUCUGUGUAUAGCUCGCUUCAUAAACAUGCUUCCUUCUAUUACGAGCUCUCCUUCCCCGGACGAGCUUCCUUCAACUUGUAAAAACUCUCCUUCAACUUUAUUUGUUCUCUCUGUAUGAAUCUAACCCUUUCUUUUUCGCAGGUCUUAAACCCUAACUAUUAAAGACUUUGUUUGUUCAAAAUUUCUCAAACCUCAAAGAAUUUUUGAACCUUUCAUUACUAGUAAGUUAUUUUUUUCCAUUCGGUAAUGUUAUUCCUAACAAAAAAUGGUUAUUUCUACUCUAGUUUCUUAUUUAAUAAAUUUUUCUUCUUCUAUUUUAAAUUUUGCUCUACCUUGCUAAUUGGUACUACUUUCCCUAUUCUUUCCAUGAUAUUUUCGUUUUGAAUGCAGGGGAUGAAACAUAAAAUGAGUGUUAAAUUGGUUUUAAAUUUGGGUGGUUAGAGGUUUUCAUUAUAUAGAAUGCCAAGAUGAGAAGCUUUUGGUAUUUCUUAUGACAUGAUACUAAUCUGUGUGUUCGACAAGGAUCAAAAUGGUUUCAUCACUGCAGCUGAGCUCUGUCAUGUUAUGACAAAUCUCAGCUAAAAGCUGAAAUAUGAAGAGGUUGACGAGAUGAUUCGCGAAGUUGAUGUUGACGGUGAUGGUCAGAUCAACUAUGAGGAGUUCGUUAGAGUCAUGAUGGCUUAUUUGUUUUUAAAAUAAUGUGUUUCAAAUAUUGUGUAUAAUUAAAUUUUGAUUUUUAAUGUCAAUAACGGCUGAAUGCUUGCCCUUGGUCUUAUAGGAAUAAAUAAAUUUGGGACUGCUCUAGUUUUAUUGUGUAAGUGUCAUGCUACUAUCACUUCCCUCAGCGUGGUUGAUACCCAUAAGAGGUCUUUGGUACUAAGUACAUGGUAGUGCAUUUUUUAGAUUCUAUUUAUUGAUCACAUGUUCUUGGGUUUACUAUUCUAUUCUAAUUAUGUGUAUUUUUA